AUGGGAAUGUCAUCUCCUCCAUGCCCCAGCAUUGAAGAUAUCGAGACUAUCGAUGGCGAUACCGAUACCGAUGCCGAUGCCGACAGUGACGAAGAACACACCCUCCGCCUCAAAGACUGGCUAGCCGCUAAACCCACCAAGAAGAAGACGAAGAAGGCGACACAGGACAAGGAAAUCAAAACCAAGAAACAUAAUUCCUCCCCCAUCAUCACAAACCACGACGAGCAGGAGGAUGUCAUGGAUUGUGAUGAAUGA